AUGAAUUCAGCAAGCGUUGUCUUGGAGGACAAAGAUGUUGCGCAUCAGCCUAAAUCCGCGAUCAACAGCCACAUUCUUGAGACUGACCAGCAACCGCUGCCGGAAGGCUCGGCAUACGUGCUCGACCAUGCUGCCGAACGCGCUCUCUGUCGCAAGUUCGACGUACGCCUACUGCCCCUCCUCGCCGUCAUGUACCUCUGCAACACUCUAGACAAAGGGAAUUUGGGCAAUGCUAAAACCAAUAACCUAGAAAAGAACUUGAACCUGACUGGCAAUCAGUACAAUAUUAUUCUAAGCGUAUUCUAUGUGCCGUUUGUGCUCGGUGCGCCUCCGAUUGCUAUGAUAGGAAAAAAAUACGGUCCUGCUAUAGUCCUACCCGCUCUCAUGGCAUGUUUUGGGAUACUGACACUCUUGCUCGUUGCUGCGACAAAUUUUAGUGGCAUGGUGGCCCUUCGAUGGUUUAUUGGGCUCACCGAAUCGGCCUUUUUUGCACUUCUAGUCUAUUAUCUCACGACAUUCUACCGCCGAAGCGAGCUCGGCCGUCGUCUCGCUAUCACCUACGCCGCAGGGAACAUGGCUAACGCCUUCUCGGGACUGCUAGCCUUUGCCAUCUUUCGUAUCAAGAAUCAUCGCUUUUACUCAUGGCGGUAUUUGUUCCUCAUUGAGGGUCUCCUUACCUUCGGACUUGCCAUUAUUGCCUACCUCAACCUACCUUUUGACGUAACGAGCGCCCGUUUCCUAAAUGAGGAAGAAAAAAAACUGGCAUAUCACCGCCUGCAAACCGAUUCAUCCUCCACUGUGAAUGAACCCUUCAAUCUGAAGGAAGCGGUCAGGAUAUUCAAUCAGCCGACGACCUAUGUUUUCCUUGCCAUCGAAAUGUGUCUCGGUGUACCACUUCAGUCCGCGUCGCUCUUUCUUCCCCAGAUUGUGGCUAGACUCGGCUACUCCACGGUCAAGACCAAUCUCUUCACCGUGGCGCCCAAUAUUUGUGGUGCCGUCGUCCUCCUGAUCUUAGCAUUUUCGUCUGAUUUUACCCGGUGUCGCAGUAUUUUCAUCAUUAUAGGCUUUGCCUUGGCCUUUGUUGGGUUUACCAUUCACGCCACAAUUGAUGUCGUCACUCACACCCGCAUCGCCUAUUUUGCCACCUUCCUAAUAUGCUCGGGCGUUUCUGUUCCAUCGGCGCUUUUAAGUACUUGGUAUAAUAAUAAUGUUCCACAUGAAGGUCGGCGAGUGAUGUUGACCAGCGUGGGAGUACCACUCGCCAACCUUAUGGGAUUGGUCAGUAGCAAUAUCUUUUCACCUCAAACCGCACCCAAGUAUCGACCAGCUUUGGUGACGACGGCUGCAUUUGGGGGUACGGGCGCUCUAAUAACAGCCUCACUGGCGCUCUUUAUGACCCUAGAUAAUCGAAAGAGGAAUAAGAAGUUUGGGAGAAAGUUGACGACAGGAGAUGUCUCAACCGAGUUGUUGCAAGAGGGACCUGGCGUAGCUGAGUUUCGAUGGUUUUUGUAG